GUUACCAUUGGAAGCAAUACGUAUAGGCAAUCAGAGUGCAGCGCGGGCUGAACGGGAGCGCUCUCAAGUUCCUGUCAAACGAGCUUCGCAGACCACCUCGUGGCUCCUGGGUUCAUAGGUAGCGCAUUAACAGGCGCACAGCUUUAUCGGCGCUGCUCGCGACUCACAACAAGGAGUCGCUGCGCCCACCACCUUUUGUUAUAGUCCGGCAAAGCUAGCCUUCAAAGCUCCAUAACUGCUUCUUCGGCAAAAUGGGCAACGUGUUCAGCUGCUUCGAGACUGGGCCCUGGGACCCGCAUCCUGAAAUUAACACUUCAUACACGCCCGCGAGGACGGACGUGUAUCAAGACAUGAAGCAGCCGCUUUCGCACUACUUUGUGUCUUCUGGGCACAACUCAUACCUCACAGGCAACCAGCUCACGUCGGCGUCCGGCACGGCGACGAUCAUUGCGUGCCUGCAAGGGUCGUGCCGCGUUAUCGAGCUUGACGUAUACAACGGGCCGGAGUGCAAGCACGGCGGCACACUCACCAAGGCUAUCAGCUUCAAGGAGUGCAUCGAGGCGAUCGGCGAGUACGCGUUCAAGGCGUCGCCCUACCCGGUGAUCAUUACCAUGGAGAACCACGCCAACACGGAGAACCAGGGUCUGAUGGCCCAGAUCCUGCGCGAGGUGCUGGGCGACAAGCUGUUCGUGCCCCACCCGGACGACCCCAUGGAAGCCUGGAAGAGCCCCGAGGAGCUCAAGCACAAGGUCGUGUGCCGCACCUCGCUCAAGCCCAACGCGCACGAGGAGUUCAAGAAGCUCAUUUACAUCAAGAACUCGAAGUUCACGGGCCUGGCGGAGAUGAUCAAGAAGGACAAGGUGGUGUCGUCGUCCUUCGAGGAGAUGUCGCUGCCCAAGGUCAAGGAGCUGGGCGCGGACGAUGCGGACGAGGAGCGGGAGACGCAGCGGGAGAUGGAGAAGCUGCAGGCGCAGCAGGCCAAGGCCAAGGCGGCGGGGCAUGAGGGGAACAGCGCUGAUGAGACGCCGGAGGACGCAGUGGUCGGGGGCGGGAUGGUCACGGGGUCGAUACAGGAGCUGUACACGUACACGGGCAAACACCUUAUGCGUGUGUACCCGGCCGGCUGGCGCAUCACGUCGGGCAACUACAACCCCAUGACCGCCUGGAUCCGCGGCGCCUCCUUCGCCGCGCUGAACUGGCAGGUCUGGGACAAGCCGCUGUGGUGCAACGCCGGCAAGUUCCUGGAUAACGGGCGCAGCGGCUACGUGCUGAAGCCGGACUGGAUGCGCAACCCGCCCAGCGAGCUGCCGGCGCGGCCGGGUCGCAAGCUGCUGGUGCACGUGUACAGCGCGCACAUGCACCAGGGCAAGAACGUGUCCGUGUUCAAGGAUGACCUGUUCGUCAAGAUGGAGGUCUACGGAAUGCCCACCGACCGCGAGAGCAAGUACACGAAAACCGUGAACAACAGCGGGCGCCUGCUCGUGAACGAGGAGUACGACUUCGUGGUGCGCUUCCCCGAGAUGGCGGUGCUGUGCGUGCAGCUCAUGGACGAGGACGCAGGUGGCGCCAAGACUAACCACGCGGACGCGGACACGCUGGGAUACUACACCCUGCCGCUGUCCACACUCAAGGAGGGCACCUACAAGCUGCAGCUGAACCACCCUGACAGCGGCAAGGCGCUGCCGGUGGACGAGGCCUGGGUCAAGGUCAGCUUCAAGUGGGCGGCUGAGAACCCCAUGUACGCCGGGCCCAAGUAGAGGAGCCGGCGGAGGCACGGAGCACUUGCUUAUCGGCGGGCCGGACUUAAGAAAGAGAACGCGACUGAUAGCUAUGUACGGUAUAAUUCGAAGGGCUGCGUUGAGCCGUUGACGGAGGAGCCGGUGGCGGCGGCUGAUCGCAGACAAAAGUUUCAAGCAGGGUUGCCCAAGGGCAACAAUUACACAGGCGCCAUGCGAGUACCUGUGGUGUGUUUCUCUGCCCCGUGCGUUGAGGGCGCUGACGGCUCGGACCGAAUUUAAGGAUGCUCGAGAGUGAUGGGGGCAAAUAGUAUUGAACUCAUGACGUUGCUUGGUUCGCGCUGUUGGCCAUGUCUGGCGAGGUGCACCUUGCGAGGCUCAGUCGCAGCCGUUGCACGAUGAUCAGUUGACUCGUGACGCCAUUUUUGUUGCGGUUGAAGCAUCUGUAUUAGCAAGGCGCGGGUGUAAGAUUCGGACCUGCGCACACAGGCGUAUCCCACUGGGGAUGUGUCGGGUGCAGACAUGUGAUCGUGAUGUUUGAUGGGACGAGUCAAGGGCAUAGUCUGAUAGUCACGCGGCAGGCAAGUGCAUGCGGCGAAUAAUCGGUUGCAGUGCGAUAGGACACACGGACGUUGGUGAGGAGGCAAGGGCUGGCUGAGUUCGCGAUUGAGUUGCUGGAUGGAGACGGAACACGUGUGAUGUUUGUGCAGCGUGCCGGGCGUGCGGGAUUAGGGUAGCCCAGGGACAGCCCCCUGGGGACAGCCCCCGAACGCCAAUGCAAGUCCUCGGCUGCUCGUUUUGGCGGCUGUUCGAAGUACCGCGCUGUCCUCUUGGCUGCUCAUAGCCGUAGGUGCGGCUGGCUGGCCUCGUGUUGGGAUGUGUGGAUGCCUCGUGUGGAUGAGUGGAUGCAUCAGGGGUGCAUCAUACCCACUGCUUUUACUCACAUGGCACUUGCGUACACGAUAACGCCUGGUCCCGCAAGCUCAACAUGUGUGCAUGCAUUCAGUUGUGGUUGUAAUCGAAACUCG